UAAAUCACGUAAUACAAUUUUAAUUACGUUUCAAAUCAGCAUCGAUCAUUCGUUGUUAGUCCAACCGCAACCGAUAACAUUGUAGUUGCUUGCAAAGCGACGACAAAUCGAACCGAAAUCGGUCAUUUGGAAUCAUUAUCGAUUCAUAACUGUCGUGAAAUAGCCGUGUGCUUGUUACGAACUGUAUAUUGUAAUGUAAAUUUUUGUGUGUGCUUCCUUGGCAUUACGUGUCAAUGUUUAAAUUUUUCGAGCGCAGUGGGAGAUGGCAGUGCAUAGAGGUGGAAAUGGGAACUUUAGAUACUCUUACUAUUAUUGUGAAAACACGGGCUUUGAGAUUUAUGACUUGGAGGAUGAAGGAAAAAUGACUAACCGCAAUGGCGUGAACGUGGAAGGCUCGACCCACAGACAAGUGGUGGACCUCAUCAAGUCCGGUGGCGACUGUCUCACUCUCACAGUCAUUUCAGUCACACAGAGGGAAGCAGAGCGCCUGGAACCAUGCGACGACAGCUCAGCUCCGGUGGGAGUUAUCGGAGGGGCAGCCAACUCUCGCGCGACGGUCUACCAGCGCUACGACUAUACCGACAAGAGAUCUCUGCCCGUCUCUAUACCGGACUACAGGAUCGUCAUGGAGAGAAAUACCGGCAGGUCGUACAUAGCGUUCAAUAUCCACAUGGCCGGGCGGCAUCUCUGCAGCAGAAGGUACAGGGAAUUCGCGGCCCUACACCAAGUCCUCAGGAAGGAGUUUAUCGGAUUCAACUUCCCUAAAUUACCAGGAAAAUGGCCAUUUACUUUGAGCGAACAGCAGCUCGACUCGAGGAGGAGGGGGCUAGAACAGUAUUUGGAAAAGGUGUGCGCGGUGCGCGUGAUCGCGGAGUGCGAGAGCGUGCAGGAGUUCCUGACGGACUGCGACGACAGCUCGAACCCGGCGCCCGUGGAGCUGAAGGUGCUGCUGCCGGACCGCGACGUGGCCACCGUGUCCGUGCUGCGCUCCACGCGCGCCGACCUCGUGUACCGCGCCGUCGCCGACAAGAUCCGCCUCGCCGACACGGUGCAGCAGUACUUCUACCUCUUCGAGAUCGUCGAGUACAACUUCGAGCGCAAGCUGCAGCCCAACGAGUGUCCGCACUCGCUGUACAUACAGAACUACUCGACGGCGUCCAGCAGCUGCCUCUGCAUCCGCAAGUGGCUGUUCAACCCGCGCGUCGAGGUGGCGCUGGUGGCGGAAGACCCGCUCGCCGCCAACUUUAUAUUUUGGCAGGCGGUGGAGGACGUGAACCGCGGCACGUGCGCGGCCGGCGCCCGGCUCUACCAGCUCAAGGCCAUGCAGGAGCCGCGCCGCGCGCACGACUACCUCGCGCUCGCACGCACGCUGCCCGGAUACGGACACGUCGCCAUCCCGCACCCCACGCUCCGUCUGGCGCUCGGCUGGAGCGGCAUCAAGCUGUCGCCGCACGAGGAGGAGGCGCCGGGCGAGGAGUGCGCCGAGGUGCCGUGGAGUUGCGUGCUGGGCUGGGCGCGGGAUGAUGACGCCACCGCCGUGCGCCUCACCUACGCGCGACCCGACCGCCCGCCGCGUACGCUGCUGCUCUGCACGCCAUAUGUGAGUACCGCGCCCCGCCCCGCCCCGCCCCGCCCCGCCCCGCCGCGCCACGCCACGCUAACCCGCCCCGUCGCUGUUCCAGUACCAGUUCCUGGCCAACUGCAUGGACAGAAUAGCGGAGGAGGCGAACUGGGCCGACACCGGCGAGUAACGCACCCUCGCGCCCACAACACUCACUUCACUCAACGAAUGGAAUGCUGGGAGAUUAUAAUAGAUUACCUAAAUUGUCUUUCCGGUUAACGGUAGACAGACAGUGUGGUCAUGUUAAUAAACAGUUGACUGUCCGCCCGUCGUCAGACCGUAAAACAUAAGGGUGAUCGUCAUAAAAACAGAUCUGAUGUAUUAUGUAUUCCAUAGUGUUUCUAAUUUUGUCCUGUCAUCUAGCAACACUGACCGCGUUUUUAGACUAAGGUCAAUAAUUUAAAAAUAUAGCGAAGAAAGGUAAAUUAAUUUCGAGAAAAAUGAUCGUCUAGCCGAGCAGCCUCGUUAACUAUCUCGGUAGAACUCUAUAUUUGUCGUUACGAUUGAAUUAUUAUUUUUUAAUUAAUGACUAAUUAUUUAUACUUAACAUUCUACUUUGUAGUUUUAUUGUUGGCAAUCGGAUAUUGUGUGACCUUGAGAUUUGUUUCGGAAGUCGACGGGGAAGGGAGAGUGCAGCUGAAGAUGUUUUACUCAAAAUCAUUAUGUUUUUAUUCAAUUUAUUGCUGCGCGCCGAGCCUACACCGCGCCAGUACUAAGGGUCGCCGCACACGAGCCGCCACCGGAAUAUUUCCUGUACAUACAUUUUAUAUGAAGCGUGUGGCGGCCACCGGCGCCAACCGUGUGCGGCCAGUCCAUAUAAAAUGUAUGAAAGAAAACAACAGGAAAUAGGUCGGUGGCUGCGUUUUGUGGUUGUGGCCGGUGGCCCGUGUGUGGCGACCCCUAAUACUGUCGAAGCUCAGUGGUAGCCUAGUGCUCAGUUGGCAGCUCAAUCCAAUUGUUACAAUUCAAUAAACUAAAUUUUGAAAUUUUAUAAAAAAACCUGCCCCAAAGCUAAAACAAUAUUAUUAGUAUACCGACAACAAGGUUGUCGACGGUACGCGCUAAUGGGUCUAGAAAAACCAGCAAUGUACAUCUAAGGCUCAAUGUACAGCGCACAACACGGCAGCUCAGAACACCCGCACGGGGCGGACGCGACUUGUACUAAGUUUAGGCGUUAUUAAAUACUUAUUUAUAUUAUUUAAUAUUUUAUGGUCAUUCCUUCACGAGUUUUGGCAGCGGCCCGCGGGCCCUAUACAAUGGUGCAGCUAGAAUUAGAUACCGUAGAUUGGGGAAAUCGGGACCCUUUCCAAAUCCAACACAAAUUUCCAAUGGUUUUUCUUAGGGUAAUACCAAUAAAAUUGAGAUUAAAAUGGUUCUGAAGGCUUAAAUUUUUAUGUAUAAUAUUAUAUGCUAUUGUACAUAGUUCAUUACAAGAUAUACACAAAAACUGAAAUAAACUAGCUUGACCCGAUUCACCUUAGCUUUGGGGUAAAUCAGGUUACGUAUGGGGACAAUAGAGUUUUUCGAUAGGGCUGGCACUGUUUAGUUGUUAGGUAGGCACCUUAGUUUAGGUGUUCACGACGCUCCGGGCGAGAGAGGGGACGGGGGAAGGCAGCGGGAGGGGUAUGCGCCCGCUGCCUAAGAUUCAUAUUCGCCGACCAGCCGGGUGACACGCGUCAACAUUUGUUAAUAUAAUGUAUUUUACAAGUAACUAGCUGACCCGGCAGACUUCGGAGUGCCUCAAUCGAUAAAUAAAAGAUCUAACUUUUGUAUAAAAAAAACUUAAAAAAAAAACAAAAGGAAUAUGUCCGACAGAGGACACAUCAAAGGAAAAACAAAAUUGUUUGUUUUUAUAUAAUUCCGAGCAUUUUCAUAUUUAUUCACCUUUUAAACCUUCUCUGGACUUCCACGAAUAAUUCAAGACCAAAAUUAGCCAGAUCAGUCCAGCCGUUCUCGAGUAUUAGCGAGACUAACGAACAGCUUUUCAUUUUUAUACAUAUAGAUUAAAUAAUACGAUUACAAUUAUCAUGCGUGGUUUCUUCUUCACCAUCGUCAUGAACAUUAGGUAAUAAACUUAAUAUAUUAAUGAGUUACAAAACUUUGAAAACUAAAUUAAAUUAUUUAAUAUUCUUAAACACUAAAUAAAAGCCAUUUUCAGUUCAACAAACUUAAAUCUAACAACACAACAAAAGUAUUGUGUCGUCCCAGAUUUGUCCCUAUUCUAAAUCUAGUCUCUAUUUCCCCCAAUCUACUGUAUUAUAAGCAUUUAAAUGAAAGCCUUCGAAAUAACAAAUUGUAAGAAACUUAACUUAAUCAACAAAAAACAAAGUCCACGGUCACACAAUAAUUGAUUGCAUUUAAUUCGUAAGCAUAAGAAUAUUUAGGCAAAUUUAUAUUAAGCAACUUUGUUGUAGCAAUAAGAGUUAGUAGGUGACGGGUUCGCCACUGUCAAUGACGAUGUCGACGGGCGGUGGGCUGGCAACGUGUGACAGUGUCGACAAACGGACACCAUUUUAUUUUCGUUGAUAUUUCAACAUGUAAUUUUUUUUAUUAGCAUUGAAUCAUGUUAUGCCAUUAAUUAUGAAAUAUAAGUUUCGUUUUAUUGCCCUUUUAGGCAGACGAGCAUACAGCCCACCUGAUGGUGAGUGGUUACCGUCGCCCAUGGAUUUCAGCAAUGCCAGGGGCAGAGGCAAGCCGUUGCCUACCGAUUGUAAGGGGUCCUCGAUAAAUUCGUAAUGAAUCUUAUUGUUACAGCAAACAUAUUAUAUUGUCAGGGCUCUCUGUGCGAUGCGCCGGGUGAGGUUUUAAGGUGCGAGAGUCUGGUCUAUUAUUUACACUGCCUUAUUUAUUUUGUCAAACAGAGUCGUUCGAUUGCCCACAUCGUUAAUUAUAUGACUUCAAUGAUCUCGCGAGAUUACCCCUUUAGUUCGAGCACACUUUAAAAAUUCACCUCGUAUGCAUUAAAUUAGGAAACUAAUGCAAAAAGUACUUAAGCCUCUUAGAGAUAUGAAUGGCGAAUUCAGACUGGGAAUGAUGAACUAAAAACAUAUUCAGGUUUGAUGGAACCAUUCUCAUACAAAUACGAAUAUUAGAAAAUUUAUUAAUUAAAGUAUAUUAUUAAAAUGUAGUAUUAUUAUAUGUAUGUUAUAGGUGCAGCAGUAUUAAGUAUUGCAAGUGUUGAUAAAGUGCACGCAGUGACGGUCGAUUCCUACCCAUUGCCGUCUGUACGCGCCCUGCCUCCCUACUCCCUGUUCCCCCUGCCCCCCAACCCCUUUCUUCUUCUUCCCACGACCCCUUUCCCCCUGCAGUUAUUGUAACGCUGUGCACUUUAUCCGAUAAAAACAAAUAACAGCUCAUGAAUUAUUAAACAAAAGUAAAUGAUAGUAAACAUUUAAUACUGAACGACCUUAUUCUAGUAUUAUUAUGACAUUUAGAUUAUUUUAUAAGCCGCCUUUUGUUGUAUAAUAGAAUUUAUCGUAUUGUUACAAAGCGGGAAGAACAUAGUGACGGUACAUAGUGCCACCGACCACGCGCUGCGCAGUAAUACUUGUUAGCCGUUCCGGAGUUCGCGAACCCGCAAUGGACGCGUACAAAACUUGAGCGCGGUUCACCGUGUACGCAGCAUUACAUUGCUUCUUUAACAAGCGGUCAGAGGCUGUGAGCUGACCUUGAGCCAGUCUGCGAACCCGUGAGACGCAAUAAGGCACGUCGGUAGCUUUAGUGUGCUUAGUGCGAGUUUUUUAACUCAACUUUGUAUGGAGUUGGAACGUUUGCCGCCAGGGGCGCUGUUCCAACUGCAUACAAAUUUAAGUUAACUUUUACGAUAUCGAGAACGUUAAAAAACUCGCACUAAGCACACUGACCACUUAAGUGCUUUAAGCCUUAAAAACAUCAUGAUAUUUUAAAAAUAUAUUCUCGUUAUUUUAACUCGUUUUAUAUUUUAACUGAUGACGUGUUAUAGAACAUGUUUUAAUAUAAUUUCUGAUUGCGUUCGCGCACUGCCUUUACUCAGUUCAGUGUUGCCAGCGUCACUAGUGUAGUGGCGCCAUCUGUGUGACCGUAGCGCUCGGGGACGAAAGUGUGGCAAGAUAAUACAGUAAAAACUCUUUAUUCGCGUUUUCAUUAUUUCCGGAUUUAAAAAAAAGUGACCGAAUUCCUAAAUUCGCGGCUAAAGAUUUCUUUAUUUGCACAUAUAAUCGGUACAUACACAUUGAUAAAAAGUAAAGAAUUCCAAUAUGUAGGUAUCCAACUAAAAGAUCCUUAGUAAACGUUCCAUAUUCUGGAUUUCUGUAUUCGCAGCAUAUUUACGGAACAUAUACCCACCCCAUGAAUAAAGAGCUUUCACUGUAAACAAUAUAAAAUAAAAUACAUUGAGCACUAAAUUAUGGAAUAGAAAUUUUAUCUCUUGUACUGUGUUUAUUGACACAUUCUCUCUCAUUUAUAUUUUUAUUCAAUAUUUUAUUGAAAUUAUAUAAUUUAAAUCAAGCUGUGUUCUGUAUUGGAAAUGAAUUUAAGUAUUUUUGUCUGUAAUAUUUUAUCGACACAAUUAUUUCAGACUAAACAAGUGUUCUCUGGCAACACCGGAAUACGGUAAAGGAAUCCGACGAAUGGUCACUGUUAAUUCGUUACAUAUAGAUGAACACGUGUAUAGUGUGCUUAUAUAUGUAUGUCUUGUAUUCAAAGCAAUAAUGAAAUCGGCUUAACGUUAUCUUGUUUAAAGUUUAUUUAUUCGAUAAGCGUUUUCUCUAUUGAGUUCGCUUUAAAGCUUGCGCGAUAAAAAGCUAGAUGUAUAUAUGUAGAGACAUCCUUUAUUAGGCUAACUGAAUGUGUUUGUUUUGAAAAUUAAAUGUCACAUUUUGUCGUGCAAAGAGAGGAAAUAGGACGACAGCCGCGUUAAGAUUCGUCCGGGACAACCGUUGGCGCCGGCCCGGAGUCGCAAUUACAUUUACAUAUCCAUUAAUUGUUAAUCAUAAUGAGUACUGUAAUGGAACAUCGUCAGACGUGAAUACGUGUAUGGUACAAAAUAUAUAUCUCACUUUGAACUAAACGAAA